AUGGCUUCGAGCAGUCGUGCGAAAUUAGCUUGGGAUUUUAUCCUGGCAUUUCUUUCCAUAAGCACGAUCCACGGCUUCAACCAUUUGGCUGCUAUCAAAAGACACCCACUGGAAAUUAUAUUGUGGGCUUUCUUCGUCGCUGUUGGUAUGUACGGUGCUUCGAUCCUCAGCGGUCUAACCUUGGUCCGGUACCAAGAGAAUCCAACUGUAAUUUCGAUGGAAAGGGAUCGAUUCUCCUGGAACACAUCCUUUCCAAGCGCAACCAUCUGCCCAACGAGCAAGUUAAACCAAGCCCUUUUGGAAGUCUACCUGGAGAAAUCUACAUCCAAGAAUAAAACGGCCUUGAGGAAGUUCUUAACGACUUUAGCCAACGCAACUUACAGCAACUUCGAAGACGUUACCUUCUACGACGAUAUUAGUCCGGACGAUUACAUGUCUCUUUUAGUAGAUCUGCAAUUCGACUUCAAACCUUCCGUCUCCAAUUCCGGUGUUAACGGCAAACAAUACACAAUACAAUCUGCAAUAACCGAAAUGGGAAUUUGUUACUCGUUCAAUUCCCAAUUAGCCAAAUACAACGCCGCUAAUUAUUGGGAGAAGAACCUAUGGAUAGUUUAUCCAGAGAACGAAACCUUUUACGUGAACCCUUUGGAUGGUGAAGUUUUCGCUAACGUUGUGAAUAUGUCUACAGGAUUUAAGAUUUUUUUACAUGGACCUUCCGAGGUGGCCGAUGUUGCUAGUAAGAACAUCGAGUCUCCUAACGGUUUUUUCUUGCAAGUCUACAUAAGCGCUCUUUCCAUAUACAGCUCAGAAAGGGCAAGGGCUUUAAACCCGAAGCAAAGGAAAUGCAGAUUUUACGAUGAAAGCAACUUAAGACAUUCACCUGUCUACUCUUACGUUCUCUGCAGAAUGGAGUGCAGAUCAAAUUUGGGGAAGCAAUUGUGUGGUUGCAUUCCACACUUCUACAGGAAAUUAGGUGGAGAUAAAACGUGUGAUGUUAAAGGUCUUCAUUGUCUAUCGAAACACAAAGAUCGUCUGAUUACGAUGAAGAGAGAAUGCAAAUGCUAUCCAAACUGCGACGACGUGAAUUACGUAAUCGAGAAUUUCGAGUCGAGGGAAUGGUUUUUGGGGUCGAACUUGCAGUGGGGUCUCAAAGAGUAUCCACGGAUGCGUUUGAAGCGCGACGUGAUCUUCGGUUUCACCGAUGUUUUGGUUUACAUUGGAGGCAUGGCCGGACUGUUCUUCGGCUGCAGCGUUCUCAGUUUCAUUGAAAUCCUAUACUUUUUCACGCUGCGCCUCUUCUGGUUCAUCAAAAACUACAAGAAAGUGCGCCAAGAUUAUGAUAAGAAAUAA